AUGAGCGGGGAGAAUGGCGGGACGCCGCCGGCACAGGUCUACCACAUGGGCCUGGACACCCUGCGGGUCGACCGACGCGAUUUGCAUCGAAAGAUACGUGCAAAGGUGGAGGCUGCAGUUAAGAAAGCUGUCCCGGAAGAAGAACGAGGGCUCAUUUUGCUUAAGGGUGGAGAGGGCAAGCCUUAUUAUGACACCGACAAUGAGCCUCUGUUUCGGCAAGAGAGCUAUUUCUUCCACCUCUUUGGAGUGGUCGAGAGCGGCUGGUAUGGGGCAAUGGAUCUUGGAGAGGGCACCACCAUCUUGUUCAUUCCCAGGCUGCCUGAGUCUCACGCAGUGUGGAUGGGUGCUCUGAAAGAACCAGAGGAAUACAUUGCGCAGCUGGGCGUGGAUGAGGUGUAUUAUGUUGAUGAGCUGGUGGAAUGGCUUCAAUGGAUUGCACCCAAGUGCCUACAUGUGAUGGAAGGGACAAACAGUGACAGCGGAAACGCCUACGCACCACUAACAUUUGAUGGCAUCGACAACUUUGUGCUUGAGAAGACCACCUUGUUUCCAAUUCUCUGUGAAUCCCGCGUGAUUAAGCUGCCAGAGGAGCAGGCGAUCAUGCGCUAUGCCAACGUGAUUGGGUCUCAAGCGCAUGUAGCCAUGAUGCAUGCGUGCCAGCCUGGGAUGAUGGAAUACCAGCUGGAGGCCACAUAUCUUCAUCACUGUGAAUUUCAUGGUGGCUGCCGCACGGAGGCAUACACAUGCAUAGCUGCUUCUGGGCCCAAUGGCGCAGUGCUGCACUAUGGUCACGAAGGGGCACCAAAUGACAGGCUGAUCAGUGAUGGCGACAUGGUGCUUGCAGACAUGGGCUGUAAGUACUAUGGAUAUGACUCAGACAUAACUACCACCUUCCCUGUGAAUGGGAAGUUCACUCCAGAUCAAAGAUUGGUGUAUGAGUCUGUGCUGGAUGCCAGCGAGUCGGUGAAGGCUGCUAUGAAGCCAGGCGUAUCUUGGCUGGACAUGCACAAGUUGGCUGAGCGCAGAAUACUCGAGGGCUUGAAGAAGGGCGGCCUCUUGACUGGGGAUGUUGAUGAAAUGCUGGAUGCAUUUGUUGGUGGGGUAUUCAUGCCUCACGGUCUUGGUCACUUCCUGGGGUUGGAUACGCAUGAUGUGGGAGGGUACCUGGGCAGGCCACCACGUGUUGAUGAGCCAGGAAGGAAGAGCCUGCGGACUUGUUGUGUGUUGGAGGAGGGAAUGGUGAUAACGGUCGAACCUGGCUGCUAUUUCAACCCGUUCCUGAUCACAGGCGGCUUGAAGAAUCCAGCCAUCAAGGGCUUCUUUGUGAAGGACCGCAUUAAACACUUUGAGGGCUUUGGCGGAGUGCGGAUAGAGGACAACGUCAUCGUGACGUCAGACGGAAUCGACUGCAUGACGAACGUGCCGCGGACUGUGGAGGACGUGGAGAAAGUGAUGGCGGGCGGGUCCUGGCCGUGA